UGCGCUUCACAGUUUGACUCGCACUUUAAUGCAAGCAGAUGUCUGAGGAAUUACACACAAACAGUCGCCUUGAAUAGGGAAAUACCUCUCUCACUGUCGUCCCCUCGACAUUACAGUUGAUGGAUUUAGCAGGCUCUUUGAUGUCCAAUCUCACCCUCCUUAAUCUGGUUUAGAAAUUGAGAUCCAUUUAAGGGAGGAUGGAGGUGUCCGGAAUUUGAGGGGCGCUGCAGUUAAGGUCUCGGGUGAAAAGCUGGAGAGGGAGAAGAGACGGAAAGAUGGAGCAGGCUCAUAGUUUACUGCUGAACGAGGAAGCCUGCAGUCAGCUGCGGGAGCACCAGAGAGCCGAGUUUGUCUUUGAGUGGCUGAGUUUCCUCAAGAAACUACUCCCUGCCACAGACCGGGCCGAUGUGAAAAAGAACCAGAAGCGCCUGGUGGAGCAGCUCACGACGGUACUGACGGGUUCUCCGGGCCCCCCGACACGACUGCUGCUGGCACAGUGUCUGGCGCUGGUGUACCGAGUGGGCGACUCCCUCACGUCCAGCCUCACUGUGGACCGUUGCAAUGACAUCAUCCGCAGCAAGGACGACUCGCCCAGCUUCCUGCCUACUCGACUGGCAGCUGUGGCCUGUUUGGGUGUGCUGUAUGAGCAACUGGGCCGACUACUCAUCAACUCGUUUAAAGAGAGCGUGGCAAACCUUCUGAAAGCCACGAAGAGCUCAGAGUGUCUUCUGGAGCUCCAGAGAGAGGCUGUCUUCCUGUGGUCCACAGAGCUGGAGAACGUGGCCACUCUUUGUUUCCGAGCCUUCGAGGGCUCAAACUAUGAUGUCCGAGUCGGCAUCUCAAAACUGCUUGGCACUUUAUUAGCGUCUGCACUGGAGCCCAGACAGGCCAUAGCUCCGAGGCCAGGCUCCAAGCGCAACUCCCUGAAGGAGGUGAUGGAGCUGCUGAGUUCUGGUUUCCUGCGGGGUGGAGCCGGCUUCCUGCGGGCCAGUGGAGACAUGUUGAAAGGGAUCAGCUCAGUCAGCAGAGAUGUGCGCGUGGGCAUCACACAGACAUGUGUGGUGUUUGUGUCCAUUCUGGGCGGCGCGUGGCUGGAAACGCACUUCUCCUGUCUUCUUUCUCUUCUCAUGGAGUGGGUAUCUCACGCACGGGCGACGCAAUACCCGGCAGAUGCCGUCUCUUGCCGCUGCUGUGCCUCCUUCAUACUGCGGGCCACUCUUGGCACUUUGCUGGGGGAGAAGGCCCAAAUCGCAGCUGCCAAGGAGAUCUGCCAGUUGAUCAGCAAACAGAAGAGGGUUGUGGACGCAGCUCUUCAUGAGGGGAACAUGGAGGCACGUGUGAGCCCUGCGGAUGUCGCAGCUAGUCAGCAUGUGCUGGUAUGUGCUCUUCUGGAGCUGGGCAGUCUGCUACAGGACCUGAGCUCCACUGCCGCCCCACUACUGCUUGACACCAGCAUAGGAAUGUUGGACACUGUGAUCUCUGUUCUUCUUCACCCCAGUGCAUCUGCUCGUCUGGCGGCCGCCUGGUGCCUGCGGUGUGUUGCUGUAGGGAUGCCUGCUCAGGUGGCAGUGUUGCUAGACCGCUGUGCAGAGAGGCUAAAUGCCCUGAAAUCAUGCCCAGAGGCUGUGGCAGGGUACAGUGCUGCCAUUGCAGCUCUGCUGGGAGCCGUACAGCUCUGUCCGCUAGGAAUAUCACACUCGAAGGGCAAGGUGGUGAUGACCUUGGCAGAAGAUCUGCUGCGCUCUGCAGCUCAGAACAGCAGAAUCUCCAUCCAGCGCACUCAAGGAGGUUGGCUGCUGCUCAGUGCCCUCUUCACAUUGGGUCCCACUGUAAUGGAGCAGCACUUGCCUCGAUUGCUGUUGCUAUGGAAAUGUGCCUUCCCACUGUCUGUGAAGGACGUGGAGAAUGAGCUGCGGCGUGGAGACUCCUUCACCUGGCAGGUGACCCUGGAGGGGCGAGCAGGAGCAUUGUGCGCAAUGAAGAGUCUGGUGGUGCACUGCAAAGACCUGCUCACCGAUGAUGUCAUCAGUCGUUUGCGUCCUCUCUUGUCCUGUGCAGUGGCCCUGCUCAAUCAGCUGCCCUCUAUCAUUAAAUCCUAUGGAAACCAGAUCAAAAAUGCAGCCACUGUCUUUAGAUUGAGAGUGUAUGAGAUCCUCACAAUGCUUCAACCUAAAACAUAUGAAGAGAGCUUUGGCACAGUGUUGAAGCAGCUGCUGAACGAUCUGACCGGGCCAGAAAUCACAGCAUGUGCUGAGCUGAACCUGCUGCCCUCCCUGUGCUACAGCCAAGACCUGGCACUGCUGGGCCCUGGACUGCAGGAUGUGGAUCAGCACUACAUAGAGGAACAGCUCCAUGGUGGUGGUUCAGGAGGUGGGACGUUAGAAUAUGACCCGUUUACCAUCUUUGAGAAAGCCCAGGAAGUUCCUACCCCUCUCCCUCCAGCCUCUGCUUUAACGGCAGCAGCUGUCCAGCUGUUUGGAGUGAUUUUUCCCCACCUGGGCAUUCAGCAGAAGGCUCAGAUCCUAGAGCAGUUCUGUGAGUUUGUGCGCCAUCUUAAAGGAGCCCGGCAGCAGACUGUUCAAAUCCAUGUAGCUGCUGCUUUCUGCUGCACUUUGAAGUGUUUGGCAUCAAGUCGGAGGGAAUUGGGGUCAGAGGAGGUUCAGAGACCAGCACUGUCUCUCCUAUUGGGGGCGCUAGAGGGCUCAAACCCUCUCUUGCGCUGCAUGGCUUCAGAGGGUUUAUCCAGGCUUGUGCAAGUUCUUAAUGACCCCAAUUUCACCGUUUCCAUCACUCUCAUGAGCUUUGACAAACUGAAGACGGCGAGGGAUGCCAUCACACGCACAGGUCAUGCUUUGGCACUCAGCGCUGUCUACCGUUAUCUGAGUGGGAUUAGCUCCCCUCAGUACCUUAGUGCCUGUGUUGGAGUCCUCUUCACCCUGUCCCAGGACAGCACCUCACCUGAAGUACAGAUGUGGGCUCUCCACGCUCUGUCCAUGGUUGUGGAUCUAGCAGGCCCUCUGUAUCACAGUCACCUAGAGGCUAGUUUCACUCUGGUACUACGUUUGCUCCUCUCGACGCCACACACACACGUGGAGGUGCAGCAAAGCCUGGGCCGCUGCCUUAAUGCCCUUAUCACUUCCAUGGGGCCGGAUCUGCAAGGUGAGGGUGCAGGUGUGUGUGCGGUGAGGACCUCGUGUUUGGUGGGCUGUGCUGUGAUGCAGGACAUUCAGGACUGUCUGGUCCAGGCCCAGGCGAUCUCCUGCCUCCAGCAGCUGCACAUGUUUGCGCCAUGUUUUGUCAAUCUGGCCAGCCUGGUGCCCAGCCUCUGUGAAAUCUUAUUGGAUUAUUCUGUGUUGAUAAACCUGUGCAGCUCAUACCUGUCUCUGAGGCGUGCAGUUGUGGCCUGCUUGAGACAACUGGCUCAGAGAGAAGCAGUGGAGGUAUCGGAGCAUGCAGUCGCUUUGGUUAAAGAGCUACCACGCAGAGACAACACACAAUUGGAUGUCACUAUUAAGGAGGUGGGAUUGGAGGGAGCUUUGUUCAGUCUGCUGGACAGGGAGUCUGACCCACGCCUGUGCCGAGACAUUCAGGAGACGCUUGUCCACAUGAUGAGCUCUGCGGCUGAGAGUAACUUGGCCCACUGGCUCAAACUCUGCAAAGAUGUGCUCUCUGCCUCUGCAGACUCAGCUGCAGCUGCUGCUGUAGAAACGCAGCAGGAGGAGGAUGGAGAUCGAUAUGAUGACUCCUCUGCAUUCCACGCAAAGUCUGAAUCCAGCGGCCCCUUCAAUAACCUGCGCUGGUCCACUCGUGUGUUUUCCAUGGAGUGUGUGUGUCGCAUAAUAGCACAGUGUGAGAACGGAGACCUGGCUCACUUCAACAUGGCACUCGCUCAAGAACAACGUUUACAUGAAUCUGCAGAUUACGUGGUUCUCCACUUGGCGGACCUCAUCCGCAUGGCUUUCAUGGCAGCCACAGACCACAGCGAUCAGCUCCGACUGGCUGGUUUACAAACACUGCUGGUCAUUAUCCGGAAAUUCUCCAAUGUGCCAGAGCCUGAGUUCCCUGGACAUGUAAUUCUGGAACAGUAUCAAGCCAAUGUUGGAGCUGCGCUCAGACCUGCCUUCCAUGUGGACGCCCCUCCGAAUGUGACUGCCAAAGCCUGCCAGGUUUGCAGUGCAUGGAUCGCCAGUGGGGUCAUCAGUGACCUGAGAAGGGUGCAUCAGCUUCUGGCUUCCUCGCUUGCCAAAGUGCAGGUGGGAAGAGACGUCACCAGUCAGCUCUAUAAUGAAAGCACCUUCACCAUGGAGACGCUGGCUGUGCUCAAAGCCUGGGCGGAGGUGUAUAUCACAGCGGUACAAGGCUCCAGGCAGAGGGAGAGUCCAGGCAGCCAUCUCCAGCAGCAGAGUGAUGAGGCUGGCACUGCAGAUCCAGCAGGGGCUGGUUUGCUCAAACUGGUUCAGACUGAUCUUGCAACUCUGAGUCGCCUGUGGCUGGCUGCCCUUCAGGACCAUGCCCUGCUCACCCUGCCCUCGCAAUACUCCAGUCAACUCCCCUCCACAGGUGGCUCGUUUUACACUGCAGAGAUGGUGGAACAGGCCCGUCCACAUUAUUACAGUGCCUGGGCUACCAUUCUCCACGCUACUGCUCUCUGGCUCAACAGCACCGGAUUCAUCAUAGUGGACGAGGGACCUGCCAACCUCUCCAGACCGGUCACACCCACCUCCAUGGGCCAGUCCACCUCACUGAGCAGUGUCAAAUCCCCAGAGGAUGUCAACACUGACCGCCUCCACCUGAUCCUGGGAAUCAGUGUGGAAUUUUUGUGCUCUCCUCACUCUGGAGACCAAAUGGAAAACAUCAGUUCUUGUCUUCAGGCUCUGCAGGCCUUAUUGGAGGUGCCUUGGCCCCGUUCGAAAGUGGGCAAUGAUCAGGCUUUGAGUGUGGAGCUGCUCAGUGUUCUACACAGGCUCAUAGUCACUCGGGAAUCUCCCAGCAUUCAACUGGCUGUGCUAGAACUGGUGCGGCAGAUUGUUUGUGCUGCUCAGGAGCAUGUCAAAGAGAAACGCCACAGUGCUGAGGUCGAUGAUGGUGCAGCAGAGAAGGAAACUGUUCCUGAGUUUGGUGAGGGACGGGACACUGGUGGCCUGGUGCCGGGGAAGUCUCUUGUUUUUGGAGCGCUGGAGCUAUGUCUCUGCACGCUUGUGAGAAAGCUUCCGCAGCUCAGCCCCAAACUGGCUGGCAGCCCCACGGGGCGGGGAGGACAGACCUGCUUCCUCAGCAACACUGACUGUAGACUCGUCACAUCUGCUCUGGCCAUCCUCUCAGAACUGCCCUCCAUCUGUUCACCAGAGGGCAGUGUGUCAGUGCUGCCCACAGUGCUCUAUCUGCUGCUCGGGGUGUUGAGAGAGGCGGUGAAGGGCUCUGUUGGAGCUGAGAGUGGACAGCUGGUACCAGGCAUCCUGCAGGCCUUGCGCACUGUUCUCACCUCUCCCAUGAGCAGAGCUGAGAAGAGUCGUGGGGCCUGGACUGAACUGCUGAGAUGUGCACUGCACACGCUCUUGGAGUCUUGGCAUUCAGAUAAAAUGGAGCCUGGAGUGGAUGAGGUUACCACGUUGACAUCCCUCACCAUCUUCCUGCUGUACGCCAGUGCUGAGGUGACCACUGUGGAGCCCCUGCAGACACGCUGCAUCCAGGCAUUCAGAGACAGUCUGGAGUCUAAGGACCCUGUGGUUCUGAGCAGAAGUUAUCAGAUGCUAGUAUCUUUAUUCCAAGGCCCAGCGCUGGUAGCCAGGCCAUUUAUUCUAGCUCUGGGUGGCCGUCUGGUGUCACAACUGGAGGAAGUGGAAAAGAGUCAUCCUCAAGGCCCAGCAGAGCUACAGGCCGUGCAAGAUGCAAUCCGAGCCCUUGAAGCACUAGUGUUUGCUGCAGACGAAACUCACCGUCCACAGCUGGUGGCUGUGCUGUUGCCCAUCCUCAUCUCUCUCCUGCUGGAUGAGAAUGCUUUGGCAUCAGCUCCAGCAGCCUCUCGCUCACUGCACGAGUCCGCCUUAAGAGACCUCAUGCGCAUCGGCCCCCAGCACUCGACUGUCUUCAAAGCGCUGAUGGCCUCCUCCCCGCACAUGAAAGCCAGGCUGGAGGCAGCCGUCAAGGGCAACCAGGAGAGCGUGAACACUAAGGCACAAGCACCUCGAGUCAUUAGCAAAAACACGCCCAGCAUUCAACUGAAGAUCAAUUUCCUGUGAAUCCUCCUGACUGGAUAUGAUACGAGAAUUAGGAUUUGAAUGACUGAGUGAAUGUUGAGGUGUUGUUUUAAUCGGUUUUGUUUUUAAAGAUAAAUCAAUUUAAAAAUUGUGUCAUUUAAAUAUUGUAGUCGGUUUUAAAACUGCAUUAACCUCUAUGAGGAACGUAAUACAUAUUUACUCAGAUAGUAAGGGGAAGUGUGUUUCACAUGAAGAACAGCUGAACCAUGGGAGUGGAUUUUAUAUGGUUACCAUUUAUA